AUGAUCAUCACCAUCCUCACUGACCCCUCCCCGUCCGCCACCGUCGACGCAGCCGUCGCUCUGGAGCAGGGCUUCAAGGACGACCACAUCAGCAUCGCCCUCAACCCGCACAACAACCCCGAUCUCCUUCUGGCAAGGAUGGGGGCGGCGGUCACGACUGCUGUCCUGGAUUUCCAGUGCUACACUGCGUCCUUGGAUGGGAGCAAGGUGGAUGGUGUCAUGCUGGUGCAGCCCCCCGGGUUCGAGCAUGGGGUGUCACCCAACUCGAAAGGACCCCAUACUCAGCUGGCAAAGGAUCUGAGUACGCCCGAGGCCAACAAGGCGAUUGAAGGGCUCAAGAACCUCUUCAACGAGCUCGAGACCAAGGCAUUCGGCCCUACAGCCGUCCGCGAUACUUAUUACGUCUCCCACCUGGCCACGGCACCUUGGGCGGCGGGUCACGGUGUCGGCGGCCAGCUGCUCAAGGCCAUCAUUGAGCGGGCUACGAAGGAGGGUGUUCCCGUGACGCUCGUGACGAUGACGCCGAGACACGAAGAGUACUACAAGCGUUACGGCUUCACCACAAAGCACUACAUGACGUAUGACCUGAACGGCACACCGACAGAGUGGUGGGCCAUGAGCACCGACCUGUAG